CCAGGGUUACCGAUGCUGUGAAGAGGCCGGCGGGCGAACAGUCGAGGAGGAGGGAGCUGCACUUCCUUCAGGUGAAAGAUGAGUGGAAGAGAACUUCCAGGAUUUAUUACCUCAAGUAAGAGUAGUGAUAUAGAUAGCCUGGUUGUUCGUGUGAAAAAUGGUCUGAAGAGUCCAAAAUAUAAACCUGUUGAUUAUGCAAAACUACUUGCAAUUACUGAAGCCAAGAAGUUGGAAUCUGCAAAAAUCCUACUAAAGGUUAAAAAGACGGAACAUGCUUCAAAAAUUAACAAAGAACAAAUGCUGCUGAAACAACACAAUCAAAUUUGGUGGAAAGAGCACAAAAGACUGCAUGAAAGCAGGCAAAAAUUAGAAUCAGAUAUACAAGCCUUCUUUGAUGAAGGAAACGAAUGCUUUCUGGACUUGUGGGAUUUGCGAUAUAAAUUAUCAAAGGAAUUGGAUACAUUUCAAGCAAAUACAGUGCAGCCUGUAUGGCAGUUGAGAGAAGAUUUACGAUACAGACUGUUGGAAAUGCAGGCCAACCGAGAGUGUCAGGAAUAUGACCUUAAUCCAGAUGGAGUAUUAGAAGAGGUAGAGUUUGUGAAGAAGCAACAGCAAUUGAUCUUGAAAAAGCUUCAUUGUGAGAGAGAGCCUUUGGAACAGGAGCUUGAAGAAUUUGUAGAUGAAGCACUGGCUUAUUCUUUAGAAGACAAAAUUGCUCUCAUCCAUGAGCUACCACCACAGUUAUUGGCCUUGGAGUGUCCGUAUCCUGAUUUGAAAGCUUCAGUGUUUACAGAAUUUGAUAAACUAGCAAAUGAAUAUUGGCUAAAGCUCCAGGAGGUUGAUCAAGAGUUAAAAGUCAUAUCAAGCAAUUUCGAAUGGAGUAAAGAAGAUCUUUGGGUUUAUCAGGUUGUCAUUAAUCAGUACCCAAAAGCUAUUCGGGGUAGAAGAACUCUGUACUUGGAUAUGCUGCAGAAACUUCUGCCUCACAAGUCUAGGCAAAAUCUCGUUGCUCAUGAACGGGCUUGGGACCACUAUCAUUUUACUAGAAGCCAAUGGAGGGUGUUGAUGUUCAACUGGAUCCAGGCAAAAAAAGCAUUUCUACUGAAGGCGGUCAUGACUUUGGCGGAAGCGUGUGCUGCUCAUGAGACAGAAAUUAUGUUGGCUAAUAAUAGAAAAAAACAACAGGAAAUAUGUGCUGAUAUUAAGGAAAAGGUCUUGCAAUGGCGUCUGCAGCAGGAAGAGGCUGCCCAACUGGAAGCUGCUAUUGCCGCCAGGAGAAAGGAAGAGGAGGAGGAGAAAGAAAAGUUUCAGAGAGAAAAAGAAGCACUUCAGCGAGCAGAAGAUAAAGAAAAAAUGAAAAAGUACUGGGCUGAAAAGCAAAGCAAGUGGCAGGAGAUGGAAGCAAAAGAUCUACUACGUUUGGAAGAAUUUAAGAAAUUAAUGGCUGAACAAGUGAUUAAAGACAGAGAAAGAGUUCAAUUUCGACAAAAGCUGUUGGAAAAGCGCUUGAUGGAGAAAAAAGAGGCAAUUCUCAAAGAGGCUCAUGAGGAAGAAGAAAGGAAGAGACGUCUUGAUGCUCUUAGGCAACAGGUUGCUAUUGUUGCAGAGUUUGAUCCUGCUCGGAUGAUGGCUGACACAGUGGCAUCUAAAGCUCGGAUGGGCAUUGGAGUAGAAGAAGAUUUUUUCCUACAGAAGCCUCUCUUUGAGCUGCAUACAUUCAGUGCUGAGCAGAUUAUUUCUGAUCCCCGCAUCCGGGUGGAAAUUGCUCUGCGAGAAGCUGGACUUCAUAGGACACUUUAUGCUCAAGAGCUUUUACCUAAAAUCCAUCCACCCAGACUUCCAAGAAGAGAUAUGGCUUCCACGGUCUUUAAACUGUAGAGCUGCAAAUUAAACAUAUGAGUUAAAAUGAGAUAGUUUCUUUACCAAGCCUUAAAUAAACCAUUUAAGUCAGGAAAUAAGUUGAAUACUGAGUUAUGGAGGGUUUUAAAAAACAACAACUAAAAUUGCAUCAGAAAAAAGUAUCAGCUGGGAAAGCUCAGUCGACCAUUUAUUUGACACUCCCACACAAUCUUCAGCAUUGCCUUGUUAUUGCAUAUUCUUGGUAAAAUGGUCUGCUGGAGCUGCAGUCUAAUUAUCUGAGGUGAAAUCAUCCUUUUAGAUGAAAAUCUGCACAAAAAAAGAAGGAAGGAAGGAUGGAGAGAGGAAAGAAAAGAGUGAAAUGGAGAAACUGAAACUGCUGGAUGCAGUCAUCCACUUGGGGAAUGCACCUAAUUAUUUCCAUUAAGGUUAGAGAGCCAGAGUAGUGUACUGAAUGGAAUGCCAGAUUUGAACUGGAAAAGCCUGGUUCAAUUCCGCAGUCACGCACAAAGCUCACCAGCUAACCUUGAACCAGUUUCUCAAGCUCAGAGAGGAGGAACGGAAAUAUCACUGGUUCUGAUUUAUAUAUAUGUACCUUUGUAUGCAACCUUUUGACAUCUUUCCCCUCUUUUUCCUCCAUUGCUUAGGCAUCUUUCCUCUUGCCUGCCUGUCCUUCGCAUUUGUACGUAAAGGUAAAGGUUUUCCCCUGACAUUAAGUCUAGUCAUGUCUGACUCUGGGGGAUGGUGCCCAUCUCCAUUUCUAAGCCAAAGAGCUGGUGUUGUCCGUAGAUGCCUUCAAGGUCAUGUGGCUGGCAUAACUGCGUGACUACUGAUCUACUCACAUUUGCAUGUUUUUGAACUGCUAGGUUAGCAGAAGCUGGGACUAAUAGCAGAAGCUCACCCUGCUCCCCAGAUUUGAACUGCCAAUCUUUCAGUCAGCAAGUUCAGGUUUAACCCGCUUCACCACCCGGGGUUCCUAGCAUCUGUAGACAUUCAAAUAGAAAUUCUCUUUAUUUUCUAGGUGGAGGCAAGAGACAAUUAGAUCUUUAGUAGAUCAUAUCUCUUACAGAUAGACUGUGCGUAUAAUAUAAUUCUUGCCAAUCAAAAAUAUUUCUAAAAUGGCUUGUAGGACCUGCUUGGUUGAAUCCCAUGUUCUUUUCGUUGCAAGUUCUUUUGCUUGAUUUUUUAAAAAAAAAACCAAGCCAGCCUUAUUAAUAUGAGCUACUAUUGCUUGAUUAUUAUUAUAAAUGGAAAUAGAAGCUUUCUCUACUUGUAAAAGCCAAUUUGAUUCAUCAUGUUUACUGCAAACCAAUCACCCAAACAAUUCCAUUUUGCAAAUUAGCCCUUGAGAAUAAAUUGCAAAAUUAGAAAGAGCAUUUCAGCUAUGGCGGUCUUUAUUAUGGAGCAGCCAAAACCAAAAAAACAAAAACAAAAACCCCACCUCACAACAAAACCCACCAUCCUGUUUGUUCUGCUAGAUUAAAGUGAACUUGAUAAGUCUUUCAUUUUAUAACACGGGUAGCAUUCCUAGACUGUAUGCAGCAUGCAUAUGAAAUAUAUGUAAACAAGAUACAUCAGAUCUGUCCCUUGCCAAUUAGCCACAGUUCAAACAAUUUAUCUCUGGAAUUGAGAACUGGGUGGAGGUUCCAGCUUAGCAGCCAUGCACGCAAAAGGAAGAAAUCAGAGAUAUAUGUUAGAAUGGGACUCUAUGUGACAGCUUUCUUUUUGAUGCAGCGUUUCUAAAUUUUGCAGUCUCAUAAAGGGAUCGAAAAAGAAAGAAAGAGGGAAGGAGGAAUAAAUUGUAGACUGCAACACUGGCACAUUUCAAAUGUCAGUCCCAGCCCUACCAUUUUCUCCGAGGAUUCAAUUGUAGCUGAGAGGCACAACCCUGCAGGUCUCAGCAGGGUUUAAUCAUAGUUAAACAGAUGUGAUGACUGAACAUGAUUUGUCCUGGUUUGUGCUGACAGCCAAGUCCUGGUCAAUAGCGUGUCAUUUAACUCAGUCGUUCAUAGUCAUUCUCUGACUUGCGCGUUCCCCACAAUAUAUGAAAACUCUGCGGGAAAUUUUGGGAUAGAAAUGUGUUCUGACAAGAAAGUUCCUCUCUUACAGCUUGCAAAACUAGAGGGAAAAAUACCCUUCUUAAGAAACACAAGCUAUGUCCCAGACAUAAUUUCAGGUUUCAGAAGUAAUUGCUCAAGCCUCUUUGGUGCUUUGUUUAUUUUGCACUCAUGUAAAGUGGCAGUAUACAUGGAAUAUAAAGAACUGGGGGAAAGAAGGCUUCAAGAUAGGGAACACUGUGAAUCGUGCAACAAUAGACAAAUACCAAAAUGCCUGUGUUCUCUCUUUCUCAGUACAUAUUUAUUGAAGUACGUGUGAAAUGAACUCUGAUGAAAUAAACAGCCUUGUACCCGUUUGGGUGCCCCAAAUAUAUGACCUAUCCCCUAUUAUUCUAGUUAAUCCUAGCUGCGGUGGCAUGUGGAUGUUAAAGCAACUGCUGAGUUAGGUUAGGCUUGGGCAGGAUCGUGUGACUCAUACCAAUGAUAAUGCCCAGAAGCAGUGAAUAAACACAGACAGAAUGUUUCCAGUCAGUCGCCAUCAUUCAGGAAUCUGUCGCUAUAAUUUUGACAGAAGAAUAGCCCCUGGAGCUCAGGAGAGGGGGGUUGAAAGAGGUAACUUGCCGAGUCCAAUUAAAAAAGCUUUGUAAGCUUUUUUUCCUUCUGGUUUGUUCUUAUUUUGUUUUAUUUCUUUCCCCCUUUCAGUGUGGCAACCAGUUGGUAGAAUGAGCAGGCAGCCUAUCUUUCCACAGGGAUUUUCUAGGACAGUGGAGGGUAACCACUUUGGAUCUGUCAUGACCCGGAGGAUUGGCGCUCAUUUGCAAAGCUGAGUUGAAUGCAAUUAGCAUGAUUUACAUAUACUUCCCAUGUUGAUGUGAAACUACAGAUGGUGGGUGUUUUGCAGUGGACCAAUUCAGAAGGAGCUGAAUCAGGCUUAGUUGCACUGACUAAGCACUGCUUUUCAUGUGAUAUUUUUAUGCAUCUUUGAAAUGGAAAUCUAUGCAUCAUUCAAGCUAUGCAUACCUAACAGCUGCUGGCUGUAUGUCCCUGAUCUAUGUAACAAAAAGAUAAAGGGUCAAAAUGUUGGUUCAAAAUGCCAUUUUAACAUUAAUAAUAAUAAUAAUAAUAAUAAUAAUAAUAAUAAUAAUAAUAAUAGGAUUGUUGUAUGUUUUCUGGGCUGUAUGGCCAUGUUCCAGAAGUAUUCUCUCCUGACGUUUCGCCCACAUCUAUGGCAGGCAUCCUCAGAGGUUGUGAGGUAAUGAGGUUGCGACAUAUCUCACAACCUCUGUGGAUGCCUGCCAUAAAUGUGGGCGAAACAUCAGGAGAGAAUACUUCUGGAACAUGGCCAUACAGCCCGGAAAACAUAAAACAACCCUGUGAUCCUGGCCAUGAAAGCCUUCAACAACACAAUAAUAAUAAUAGUAUAAAUAGUAGUAAUAAUUUUAUUUCUUCUCUGCCUCUCCCCAGCAGGUUGUCCACAUCAACAGUACUCACCAAUUGAAACUGAUCGAGUGUAAUCCAGUGCAGGCUGAGCAUCCUUUAUCCAAAAUACUUGGGACCAGAAAUGUUGCACACUGUGGAAUUUUGGGAAUUUUGAAAUACAGUGGAGUCUCGCUUAUCCAACAUAAAUGGGCCAGCAGAACAUUGGAUAAGCAAAAAUGUUGGAUAAUAAGAAGGGAUUAAGGAAAAGCCUAUUAAAUGUCAAAUUACGUUAUGAUUUUACAAAUUAAACACCAAAGCAUCACAUUUUACAACAAAUCAAAGAAAAAAGCAGUUCAAUACACAGUAACGUCAUGUGGUAAUUACUGUAUUUACUAAUUUAGCACCAAAAUAUCACAAUGUAUUGAAAAUAUUGUCUUCAAAAACAUUGAUUACUAAAAUUGAAUAAUACCGAAUGUUGGAUAAGUGAAGGUUGGAUAAGCGAGACUCUACUGUACUUGUAUAUACAUAUCUUGGAGAUGGGACCAAAGUCUAAAGAUUAAAUUCAUUUAUGUUUCAUAUACACUUUAAACACAUCAUCUGAAGUUAUUUUUACAUCCAGAGGGAAUAUUUUUAGUUAUUUUGUACAUGAAACAAAGUUUGUGUACAACGAACUACCAAUUAAUAUUUCUGCCACCCAUAUAAACAUUUCUAGAUUUGGGAGGAUUUCUGAAUUCCAGAAAACACAAACUGUAUUUUGUAUCAGCUACAUUCCACUUAAUCACAUUUACUAAAUUUCACUGAGUGCUACACUUAAAAUGUGAGAAGCCGCUGUGCUCAUCACAUUAGUUUGGCUUCAAGUGUAGGUGAGAGCAUUCUUUGUGUAUUUUAUGUGUGGGGUCCAGCAUUCUUUGAAAAUAUUUCAGGAGAUGGUGGGGAACUGGGUUAUUUCAAAUGAUCCAGAUGUUUGGCCAAUUCUGUACUGUGAUGGCAUUCGUUGCUCCCAGGUUUAAAAUGAAACGUUUCUCCAAUUUGUGGGAGGGGAAAUUGUGAGAGGAACCAAAAGUACCCUUGUUAGGGAAAGUUGCUCACUGAGUUUUUACUUUAAAUGCCAGUAUUAAUAUUAUGAUGCCAUGUCUCCAUGCUGUGCAGUCCUGGGUGUCAUAGUUUUCCAAGGUUCAUACGCUUCUCUUCGUGCAUUUACAAUAUGGAAUGAAUGCCCUUGCACCCCACUUUAAAUACCAUAGUUCCAUACUAUGCGGUCCAUAGUUUUCCAAGGUCCAUACCCUUCUCUAGGUGCAUCUACACUGGAAAAUAAAUGCAGUUGGGACCCAUUUUAAAUGCUAUUAUUAUUAUUAUUAUUAUUAUUAUUAUUAUUAUUAUUAUUAUUAUUGCACCUCACUUUAAAUGCCAUGGCUCCUUGGAAUGGAAUCAUCCUGGGAGUUAUAGUUUCCAAAGGUCCAUACUCUUCUCUGGGUGCAUCUACACUGUGGCAUGAAUGCAGUUGGACCUUACUUUAAAUGCCAUGUUUCCAUGACAUAGUCUUGGGAAUUGCAGUUUCCCAAAGUCCAUGAACCUUCUCUGGGUGCAUCUACACUGUGAAAUGAAGGCAGCUGGACCUUACUUUAAAUACCAUAGCUCCAUACUAUGCAGUCCUGGGAGUCAUAGUAAAAUUAAUGCAAUUUCACAGUGCUUUAACUGCCAUUGCUCGAUGUUACGGAAUUAUGAGAACUGUAGUGUUAAAUGGCCUUUACUCUUCUCUGCCAAAUAGUGCUAUCCUUUCACUGUAGAGCUAGUUUGCUCUGUUCCACAAAUUGCUAAAAAUGAAAAUAAAAUAGUACUUCCGCAUAGUA